UUCAUGUGACGUCUUUAAAGGUAACAGAAUUGAAAUAGGAGCUGAGUGUUAGCGGGGAGCUAGCCGUCUGUGGCUGUGGGAGCUCUCUAGGUCCGUAGCAUCCCGUCCACGAUGUGUCCUGAGUGCUUGAACGGUUGUGACGGUAACUGUUAGCGCGGUUGUUACGGUAACUGUUAGCCCGGUUGUUACGGUAACUGUUAGCCCGGUUGUUACGGUAACUGUUAGCCCGGUUGCUCGCUGUUGUUUUGUUGUGUAUUUUCUCCGGUGCCCCGUUUGUAAACAUGGAGCAGGCAGCCAGCGUCAACGCAGAUCCCGUUCAACGCUCCGACAGCAAUGGUCGCUCCACACAAUGGCGCAACUGGAGUGGAUUUUGGCUCCUUGGAUUGUGCAACAACUUCGCGUAUGUGGUCAUGCUGAGCGCCGCCCAUGACAUCCUCAAAAGACAAGAGUCAGGAAACGCCACAGCAUCUAAUUCAGCCACUGUGGCUGUGGAUUUCCAAGUUGGGAACAGUAGCAACAGUAGCCGCUAUGACUGCAAUCCUGUCUCUACUGCGGCUGUGCUGUUAGCGGACAUCCUCCCAACACUCGUCAUCAAGCUGUGUGCUCCCUUUGUGAUCCACAAGCUGCCUUAUGGUUUCCGAGUGUUGUUCUGUGCCAUCAUGGCAGCAACAAGUUUCCUCCUCGUGUCCUUCUCCUCGGCCGUGUGGAUGAGCAUUCUAGGAGUGAUCUUUGCCAGUAUCAGCUCUGGGCUGGGAGAACUGUCCUUCCUCUCUCUCACUGUCUUCUUCAGCAGGGAUGUACUGGGAGGUUGGGGCUCAGGUACUGGUGGUGCUGGUGUUGCAGGAGCAUUCCUCUAUGCAGGCCUCACCCAAGUCGGCCUGUCACCCCAGACUACACUGCUGAUCAUGCUGGUGGUCCCGGUUGCUAUGUUGAUUAGUUAUUUCAUCCUGCUGGUUCCUCCAUCUUCAUUACCUCAGUGGAAAAGCAGGGAGACAGAAUAUGCAGCUGUUGGCUCAGAGGAGAGGCGGCAGCUGAUGGAUGAAUCAGAAGAAGAGGAGCAGGAGAAAUCCACCCCAGAGGACAGGACCACUGGACCUCUCACCUUCACAGAGAAACUGCACAUCAUCAAAGGCUUGCUGAAGUUUGUGUUUCCUCUGGGACUGGUCUACUUUGCUGAGUACUUCAUCAAUCAGGGCUUGAUGGAACUCCUGUAUUUCCCCAACUCUUCCCUGUCCCACGCUGAGCAGUAUCGCUGGUACCAGAUGCUGUACCAGGUUGGUGUGUUGGUGUCUCGAUCCUCCCUGUGCUGUGUGAAGAUCAGGAAACUGUGGGCUCUCUCUUUGCUACAGGUGGUGAAUGCAGUGGUGCUCCUGUUCGCAGUGGGUUACCAGUUCCUGCCCAGUGCCUGGCUGGUCUUUGUUAUUGUCCUCUAUGAGGGUCUGCUGGGUGGAGCUGCUUAUGUCAACACCUUCUACUUCAUCAGCAAAGAGACUGAGGACAGACAGAGGGAGUUUGCCAUGGCUGCUGCCAGUGUAGGAGACAGUCUGGGCAUAGCUCUGGCUGGACUCGCUGCUUUCCCCGUCCACAGAUACUUCUGUUCCCUAUGACCCAACCCACACACUGACCAGCAGGAUGAAUAAGCAAGACGUGGGUGCGUUCCAUUUGAAGGAUUUUCUUUUUUUAAUCUGAAAUGAGUUAGAGACCAUCUGACAAAAGCAGACUUUACUCCUACAUGAAAAUAUUGACUCCACAUACUGUGUUCAGUGCGGAUUCAGCACCAGUGAGUCAGCCAGAGAGAGGAGGGCUCACUCACUAACGUAUCCUUCUCACCAGCUUCCACUGCUGUUUGGAAUACACACAACAGUCCCAUGACAUGAGUGGUUUUCAACAGGAAGGCAUGGUAAUAGUUAACUUAACCUAAUAAUGUGUUUGGUAUUUGCUGGUUUGCACUAAGAACCUGUUGCCUGCAGAGAAAACUAAUUGUUUCAUAAAAGUCCAUUGCUUGUUUUGCAGACCAAUAUUAGUUGCGCACUCACCUCAGUGACAAAUAACAAUGCACUUGUUUCCAUCAAUGUUUCCUGUAGCUGCUUCACAAGAUAUGCCUUCCUGUUGUUAAGUAGUGAACAGCUAGACAGGAAACUGUGGUUGUUUAGUAGAAUUAAGAAAUGCACUAUGACCAGCACAGCUCUCCAAAACAAAGAGAAAAUGAUUAGACAUAAUUUUUUAUUACACAACAGUUUAUUUUAACAGUUUUUACUGAACUGAAAUGUUUCUGAAUUAUGGGUCACAGUAGGACGUCUCAUUUUCAGAAAUAACACCUGUAUUUUUAUCUGGUCAUGUAGUUUGAAGAGCUUGUUCUUAAUCUGAACUGACCGAACACCGGACUACACUCACUUAUUCACUCACUCAUCUUUCUUUCUACAAUAAUGAAGUUGUGUAUAUGAGAAGGGUGAAAGUGUCUCACUGCAUCUAGAACUGGCAUUAUACAGAGUUACCUAGUGCAACUUUGAAACAAAAAACGGUACAAAUAGGUGACGACAUAACAACUCGUGUAUGAUGGUAAUGGGAUAUUUUUUUUAUUUGGUAUGAGGUAUUUACUCUUAAUAAUGCCAUUACUUUUUACAUUUUACAGGGUGUCCCUGGGGUCUUAAAAAGGCUAAAAUCCACUAAUUUGAAUUUUAGGCCUUCAAAUGUCUCAUAUAUGAUCUUGACAGGUCUUACGAAUUGAUUUGAUUAAUUAAGUUAAUGUUACUUUAAAGCUUUUAAAUAUGUUUUAAGGGGAAGAAUGUGUAUCGAUCAUGCUGUAACAACUACACAACGAAACCAACAUGGAACCAAUACCGAUUUUCCUUCAUACCUUUAUUGCUGAACAGAAGGUAAAAGUGCCCCAGUAGCUGACAUUAUUUAAUGGUGCCUUCUGUAUUCUUAUAACCGGGAUGAAUCAGGUUAUUGCUGAACUAACAUAUGAUGAUGUCAUUAUUGAAGUGACCAAAAUACUUUUUAUUAUACGUUUCUACCAAAGAUAAUAACGGUCUUUUAUUUGGUGACAUUUUGUAUUUGUAACUGGAGCUUUGAAAUCCUAAUUAUUUCCAAUUUAUUAGUGAAAAGACAUUAAGAACAUUUUUGGGUACGCAUUUAAAUGUUAACAGCUAAUUUUGCCUUUGUGGUUGGUUGUUUACUUAUUUUUAACCAAAAACCUCAGUUUUCCUGUUUUCUGAAUGUAAUGUAAAUUGUCAUUAAUAAUAAAAAUAAUAAUAAUAAUUAUUAUUAUUAUUAUUAAAUAAGAGCAACAAUGUCAUAGACUUUAUCCAUAUACACUGUCCGAUGUGCACAUUCCUGCUGAAAUUUGAACUACUAACAUUUUAUAUUAUGCUGCUACGGUUAAACUGUCAUAACUUUGUUACAACUUACAGAUGGUGUUUGAAGCUUUGUGCCUGUGUGAUAAAGAUGCAUUCAGUGUCAAAUAAGGUUAAACAUUGGAGUGAGAGCAUUCAAAUGGUUCAAACCUGUCAUGUAACAUACAAAUGUAAAUAAAUGAUUUUAAGAAUGUGCUCUGUAUUAUAAAGUUAGCCUAUACGAUA